AUGCGUAUCUAUAGAGCUUCCCGAUGCUCUUGGCGCCUGAUCCACGUGCGACAGUAUUCAAAAGCAGAAAGUCCGAGAAUAAAUCCGGUAGGGAUUCAGUACCUGAGCAAUCACCUGCAUCAACAGGUCUUUGGGGACAAGAAGCAUAGCAAACGGGCAGAAGAGCUUUCAGAAGAUGACCAGCAGGAGCUGAUUCGCAUUUCACGACAAUAUUUGAAGCAUCACGGGCUGCUGGGAAAGAAGACGUCGGUAACGGAGCCCAUCUCGUUCGACCUUCCUCAGCUUCAGGGCAGCUCGUUGGACGAGCAUUUCCAAAAGCUGGGCCAGUUUGCUUCUCAACCGUAUCUCGAUAUGGCGAAGUCCAAAUUUACACUCGUUCCUCCGCGACCCGAAGCGUGGGUACGACAAUCCGGAUGGUAUCGCUACGCCCCCGGUGAGCCUCCAAAGAAGGUCGACUAUCCGUUAGAAGAAACACUCGUAUUUGACGUUGAAACGCUGUAUAAGGUAACACCAUACCCGAUACUGGCUGUGGCGCAUUCGAACAAGGCUUGGUAUUGCUGGUGCUCUCCGUACUUGUGUGGAGACGACAACCCGCGUCAUCUAAUUCCCCUAGAUACUCUGAACAAAACGAGGCUCGUAAUAGGCCACAACGUGGGAUACGAUCGAGCUCGAGUACUUGAAGAAUACAACUGCCAGGAAUCAAAAGCCUUUUUUCUCGAUACAAUGUCAUUACAUAUUGCAUCGUCGGGUAUGUGUUCUCGUCAGCGGCCAAAAUGGAUGCUAAAUAAAAAACUUAGAGAAAAAAACGACGAUAAAUCUGAAGAUUUGGAUUCGCUAGGUAGUGAUGAAGAUCCGUGGAUUACUGUUUCCACAAUGAAUUCACUAAAAGAUGUAGCAAAAUUGCACUGCGGUAUAGAUAUGGACAAAGAGCCACGAGAGCUUCUUAGCACGUUAGACAAGAAUGAAAUUAUCAAAAAUUUUGAUAUAAUAGUCAACUACUGUGCAACGGACGUUGAGACAACGAGCCAAGUUUUUGACAAGGUUUUCCCUCUUUUUUUGCACAAAUGUCCUCACCCGGUAUCAUUUGGGGCGUUGCGAUUCUUAUCAACGUGCAUUUUAACCACAAAUAAAACCACAUGGAAUGAUUAUAUCUCCCGAUCGGAGAAAGUGUAUCAAGAUAGUAAGCAGCAGAUUGAAGAUAAAAUUGUGGCAAUUAUAGAGGACGUGGUAAAAUUGAAAGACAGUCCUGAGAUAAUAGCAAAAGAUUCUUGGCUGAAGCAGCUAGAUUGGACAAUUAAACCUCUCAGACUAACAAAAAAGGGUGUUCCAGUAAAAGGCCAAAAGCUGCCUGGCUAUCCAGAAUGGUAUAGGUCGCUAUUUCCAUCUAAAAACGCUGUACGUCCACAAAUUACCAUCAAAACCCGAUCCAUACCUCUUUUUUUCAAACUUUCAUGGGAAGGAUCACCAGUAUUUUGGACAGAUGAGGAAGGGUGGUGUUUCCACGUCCCUGAAGGCAAUUUAAAGGAGUAUACCGCUAAAAACUACGAUAUUGCUCGAAAAUCAGAUCCGAAGGUACCAGGUCAUAUACUCUUGAAGGUUCCGCAUCCCAAUGGACAACAAUUCAAUUGUACAACUUUAUUGAGUAAGCCAUACAUUCAUUUUUUUGAAAAGGGCAUCCUCACUUCACAUUCAGAUUUAGCUCACGAAGCGCUCAAAAUCAAUUCAUCCGGUUCUUAUUGGAUGUCAGCACGCGAAAGGGUAAUGUCUCAGUUUGUGGUCCCACAGAGCUCAUUUCCUGAUCAAUUCAAGUCUGUUGAUGACAAAAGCUCCCCUCAAAAAGACCUUGCCAUCAUCCUCCCAACGGUUAUACCAAUGGGCACUGUCACAAGAAGGUCUGUGGAAAAUACGUGGCUAACAGCAUCUAACGCAAAACACAAUAGGAUUGGAUCCGAACUCAAGGCCCAAAUCAAAGCACCUCCCGGCUAUAGCUUUGUAGGAGCAGACGUUGAUAGUGAAGAGCUUUGGAUUGCAUCUUUGGUCAGCGAUUCUGUUUUCAAUCUUCACGGAGGUACAGCCAUCGGGUGGAUGUGUUUAGAGGGAUCUAAAAAUGAGGGCACCGAUUUGCAUACUAGAACAGCGAAAAUUCUUAACUGCUCGAGAAAUGAAGCAAAGAUAUUCAAUUAUGGCCGAAUUUAUGGAGCUGGUGUAAAAUUUGCUGGGCAAUUACUGAAGAAAUUUAAUCCUGGAUUAUCUGACGCCGAAGCUAAGGAAACUGCAGAGAAGUUAUAUGCCUCUACUAAAGGAAUGGUCAAAAGAUCCAAAAUUUUUAAGAAAUUUUGGUACGGUGGUUCCGAAUCCAUAUUAUUCAAUAAGUUGGAACACAUAGCUGAGCAGCAGGAACCAAAGACACCGGUCCUUGGGGCAGGAAUCACAUAUUCAUUGAUGAAGCGUAAUUUAGGCGCAAACACCUUUCUACCAUCGAGAAUUAAUUGGGCUAUUCAAUCUUCUGGAGUGGAUUAUUUACAUCUUCUUUGCUGCUCGAUGAACUAUCUGAUCAAGAAAUAUUCAAUCAAAGCACGACUUUGCAUUUCCAUUCAUGAUGAAAUUAGAUUUCUAGCCGCGGAUGAAGAUAAGUACAGAACAGCAAUGGCUCUUCAAAUAAGCAAUAUCUGGACGCGUGCUAUAUUUUGCGAACAGAUGGGCAUAGACGACUUACCUCAAAAUUGUGCCUUUUUUUCUGCUGUUGAUAUUGAUCAUGUCAUGAGAAAAGAGGUAGACAUGGAUUGUGUGACACCUUCAAAUCCGGCCCCCAUACCACAUGGAGAAUCUUUAGAUAUUCGGCAGUUAUUGAGUAAACCUACUAGUAACUUGGGGCCUCAAAGUUCUGACAUUGAUGUGUCAAAAUUGCCAUAUUUCUACCGAGAACCAGUUUUCUCCAAAUAUAGUAAAGCGUACUCGAAAGAGUUUUUAAGGUAUUUUUUGAAAAUGCAAGUUCAGACAGCUAAGUGGAAAGUAGACGGAUUAGAAGAUGCUUAUGUUCAAGAAUUUAAUGAAAAAGCGUUCAAGGAAAGGAUGUCAACGAGAGAGUACACUUUCGUAGACUACUCAAGAGAAAUAAAAGCUGGUGAAAGAGACAAAAUCCAUAUUAUGUCCCAAACUCAUGGCAGUGAUCGAGAAAGUCUUCUGAGAUCCAAGUCAACAGAAAGGUCCUUGGAUAUGGAUACAAACUGGGAUUCUUCUUCAGUAAAUUACAACAUUCCUAUCCAGGAUUAUGGCUCUAAAAAUAUUGACGCAGAGCAAUUAUCAACAAGUUCUGGUGGCUCGGAUAUCAACCUGAUCUCAUCACCGCUGCUUGAUGACUCAAAACAGAAAGCCAAGAAGCCGGUGAAGAGAAAAGCUAAAUCCAGAAAGCUUUCCUUCAAUACAUUCAAUGAAUGCAUCGACAUGCCUCGAGAGUACGCUGAUAAAAGAGAAAAGCAACUAUCUGCUAGCACAGUCGUUUCCAAUACUCAACUUGACUCCAUUAUCGAGGAUACUCUUUCGAACCCGAGUAGUAAGAGCAAGAACUCUACAACUACCAAGCAGUGUAAGACACAUACGAAGCAUAAAGUGCGCACAAAAUCAAAACACAAAGUGGCUUUGGGCAGCAAAUCACAAGACGAAGGGCCAUUUAUUCACGUUAGGAAUAGAUUAGAAAAUGAAGUUACUGGAAACGCAUAG